UUUUACAAAUUCAAUUGCGAUUCAGCAUUCGUUCGAAGCGGUUGUGGAUGCGCUCGCGAGUCGCGUCAUAUUUUGAAUGAAGUGCAAUCGGCUGCUCUACUGAUAAAAAGUCCCAGACAGCUAAGUCAGUGAAACCGCUACCAAGAACCGUUAGCAAAACAAAGAACAGCAAGACCUAAAAUAUUGUUUAAAACAAAAUAGAACAGUUUGAUCGGUACUAAAGAAAACGUGAAUAAACAUACGCAUAAUAAAUACAAACUUUUCUGAAUUCGGAAAUAAAUUUGUCAUAUUUUCAAGUGCAAUUGCAUCAGAAUUUAUUGCGGUUCUGAUCGAAAUGCGAAACUGUGCGAAAAGUGCAACAUGAACAGCAUUUGCGCUGCUUGGAUAAUUAACUGUGAUUAGGCACAUGAAACAUUAUGUCGAUAGUUGCACCACUACAGCAAAAAGUGAACAUUUUUCAAGAGACUGCAACAGCGAAAAGUUUGUUUAUACUCAAAGCAAACAACAAUACAAGGAAUGAAAUAUACGCGGAUAAACUGUACAACGGCAGCAUAGAACAAAAUAAUAACAUUAAAAACAGCAACAACAACAACGUCAUCAUCAACAGCAGUAGCAACAACAACACUUGUUAUAAGCAAUACGCUACGCUAUCAGCAACAAAUAUAACAGCACAAUUUGUAAAUCUGAAGCAGGAGCACGAGCAACAGCAGCAGGAGCAACACCAGCUGUACAAUCAGCAACAGAAGCUGGAAGAGAGGAUUAGCAAUCGAGUGUUGCAGGAGCAGGUGCAGGAUUCAAAGCUCGUUCAAGUACUGUUAGCCACGACACCGACGGCAAUGCCCGAGGUGCUCGCCGGAACACCCACCCAUAGCCACAACAAAGCCUCAUCCGUAAGCUCCUCCAUGAUGAGCAGCGUGCGUUUGGCCACCAUUUCGCCGUCGCUAUCGAUGAACGGCAGCUCCAACGAGGCCACAAAUCUGCAUCCGCUCUCCAUGUACGGCGGCUCCAUUAGCCCACAGUCGAACGACAGCGGCAUGUCGGACAGCCACAGCCACAGCCUGGGCAAGUUUGUGCCGGGCAACGGCUACGCAGACAGUCACGGCCACAGCCUGAUGGGGGGCAAAUCUAAUGGACAGAGCAACGGCGUCGCCGGAGGAGGAGCUGGUUCGCAGUCAACGCUGACCGCCGCCCAGAAGGAGCUCUUCUCGCAGCGCAAGCAGCGCGAGUUCACGCCCGACAACAAGAAGGACGAGAGCUACUGGGACCGCAGGCGGCGCAACAAUGAGGCGGCCAAGCGUAGCCGCGAGAAGCGACGCUACAAUGACAUGGUGCUGGAGCAGCGCGUCAUCGAGCUGACCAAGGAGAACCAUGUGCUCAAGGCGCAGCUCGAUGCGAUUCGGGACAAAUUCAACAUCUCCGGCGAGAAUCUGGUGAGCGUGGAGAAGAUUCUCGCCUCGCUGCCCACCAGCGAGCAGGUGCUGAGCAAUACAAAGCGCGCCAAGUUGAGCAGCGGUAACUCGUGUUCCUCCUCCUCGUCGGGCUCGUCGCCCUCCGGCGCCGGCUGCAGCUCCCCGGCCUCGCACACACACAGCGGCUACAGCAGCAGCAGCAACAACGCCCCGCCGCUCUCCCCCAUCAUCUAUGGCCCGAAUAGUAAUGUCAAUGCGGGCAAUGCUCGCGGCAGCGAGCCGUUGACAUCCGUAAGCAAUAAGGGAGGACAUCACGUGGGCCAGCACGGUCCGCCGCCGCCGGCGCCACUCCAUGCUCAGGCUCAUCCGCAUCCACACCAGUACCACCAGCUGCAGCAACAGCAGCAGCAGCAGCAGCAGCUGCAGCAGUCGCAUCAUCAGCAGGUGCAGGAUGCUGCCCCCUCCACAAUGGAUACGCACAACCGCCCGCCGACCAACGCCAUUGCCAAUCUGCAUGUGCUCCAGCAGGCACUCCAUCGCAACGUCAGGCCCGAGGAUUUGGACAGCUUGCGCAAGGUGGUGGCCGUCGGGGCUCUCUACAAUGCAGCUGCGGUGGGCACUGGCACGCCGGCAGGCACCACAAUAUAUACGCCUGCCACAGUGAAUGGAUCCUCGCCAGCAUCUGGCUAUGUGGCCAUCAGCAAGGAUCAGCUGGAGGCCAGUUACCUGCACGGUCACAGCGUGGAGGGCGCCGUUAGCAGCAGUGCGGUCGACGCAGUAAGCAGCUCCUGCUCAUCGGUGGUCAGCUCGGCCGCGGCCAGUGUGCUGAAUCUGUCGAGGCGCGCCUGCUCACCCAGUUACGAGCACAUGCUGUCCUCGACCACAUCCUUGACGUCCCAUCACUCAUCCGCCUCCUCAGCCCUUUCAUCGUCCGCCUCCUCGUCGGGUGCCGUCUCUGGCGACGAUGAGCAGGAGCACGAUGGCUCCGAAGGCGCCAUCCAUCCGGAUCCGCAUGCGCUUGCCCAUGGCGCCCACUUGGCGCCCAUGCAGCGCAGCAGCCCAGCGCACAAUGGCGGUGGCGGCAUGAAUGAGGCCAACAACUGUCUGCCCCUGAAGCUGCGCCACAAAUCGCAUCUGGGCGACAAGGAUGCGGCUGCGACGGCGUUGCUCUCGCUGCAGCACAUCAAGCAGGAGCCCAGCUGCAACCGCUCCUCGCCGCCGGCGUGGAACGAUGGCGGUGACAACUCCAGUGACGAGCGCGACUCGGGCAUCUCGAUUGGCAGUGCCGAGUGGACGGCCCAGUUCCAGCGCAAGCUGCUCGCCCCGAAGGAGGCUGUCGUCUCGGUGGCCGUCGUCUCCAAUGUGGAGCGCGAUCAGAUGCUGAAGAGCCAGCUGGAGCGACUGGAGUCCGAGGUGGCCAGCAUUAAGAGCAUGAUGAUACUCGGCGACUAGAAGAUGAUAUAGAUGAUAAACGGAUUCGUACUGGAGGAGAGAGAGCGAAGAGACAGACAAAUAUUUGUAAAGGCAGAGACUUUGGUUUGAGAUAAUUGGAUUGCACUUCGUGGCUGUAAAAGAGAAUGAAGAGGAAAAAGAAGGAGGACUCGGCGAGCACACAAGAAUAUAUAUAUAUAUAUAUAUAUAUAUAUAUAUAUAUAUAUAUAUAUAUAUAUAUCUAUGUACUAUGUACACAGUUGCGAGUUGUAUAUAUGUAUAUUUCAAUGUACUCCUACAUGACUACAACUCGACUCGUUUCUAUUUCAUAUUUUUCGAUAAUUUUGUGUAGAGUUUCGUGUAAUCGUAUGAUCCCAGAAAUAUUUAAAGGUGCCAAGCCAAGUGUAUAGAUCUCGCUUUGAGCGGAGGCCCGAAUCGUUGGGCAAUCGUUAAAGCUAAAAACUAACUGAAUUUUGAAAUAUCUUUUGUUUGUCAUGCGUACAAGAAUAUAUAUAUAUAUCUAGAUCUAUAUACCACACACACAUACACAUGAACAUACUGAAGACUCAGUCACUUACAAAUUAUUUGGAACUUGUACCAAUUUGUUAUAAAUGUAUCUCUUAAAGAAAACCUUAUAUCGUAUGCGUUAACCCAUUGUUGUUCUCUAAGUUUCCUUACACACACACACAUACACGUAUGUAUGUAUGUAUGUAUUAUUUAAUCGAAAAACUUUCUAAGUAUUUACUAUUGUACAUAUACAUAAUUAUUCAGCUUAUAUAUAUAUAAAUACAUAUAUAUCAAUUAUCCAUACUAUUAUAGAUUUUCCUCUGCUGUGUCGGAGCAUUGUAGAAAUAUUUUCUUAAAUUAUCAUUGUAAAUAGGCAUAGAAUUCUAAGCGAUAAACGUUAUAUAAAACUAUUGUAUUUAGUUGAUAGUUCGUUAAGUCUAUUUAUUACACAGAUCACAAAGCAAAUACUAUAUAAACAAUUACUUAAAAUACGAGAUUAAAACAUUAACUUUUUCCAACAUA